AUGGCUGAAAUCAUGAAUGUUAGCAAGACAAGGCUGUGUGGGAAAAUUCUGAAGAAGCUCAUGGAUCACAAAGGUGGUUGGCUUUUUCAUAAACCAGUUGACCCUAUUCUUUAUGGGAUUCCUGAUUACUUUGAUGUUAUCUGCAACCCAAUGGACUUGGGCACUGUUAAGAAGAAACUCACAAACAAGCAAUAUGUUACAGCCAGUGAAUUUGCAGCAGAUGUGAGGCUUACAUUCUCAAAUGCAAUGAAGUAUAAUCCUCCAGGAAAUGAUGUCCAUGCAGUUGCUGAACAGUUGAAUAGAAUAUUUGACUCAGAAUGGAGAUCAGUGGUAAGAAAAUGGAGCGGCAGGAACCAAAUACAAGAACAACCACCAAUGAAGGCAGUAAAGGCUCAAGCUGCCAUAAACUUGAAGUCUGCAAUCCCUAGAGGGUCGGUCACAUGCUCAAAUUCACUAGCAAAGGAGCAAUCAAUAAAUGCAAUGUCCUCCAAAGUAAAAAUUAGAUUUUUUGUGCGAGGGUCUGAUAAUACCCCUCUCAAAGCUGGUAGUCAAGAGUGCUCUUUAGAUAAUUCACUCUCUUGCACAAAGGAGGAUAAAAUAUCAAUCAUACAAUCAAAUGAGAACAGCAAUUUAUCAAAUGGAAACGAGUCACUGUCUUGCAAUUCUACUUCACCUCCUAUUUCCUCUGAGCAAGGGGAGGAAAGUUAUUUACACAUUGAACCUUUGUCGCCUAGUAAAGCCCUCCGUAUAGCAAUGCUCAAGAGGCGUUUUGCUGGAACAAUCGUGAAGGCACAACAAAAUGCACUUCUGGAUCAUGGUAAGGAAAUAGACCUUGCAAAGUUGCAGUUGGAAAAAGAGAGGCUGGAAAAAAGGCAGCAAGAAGAGAAAGCAAGAAUUGAGGCCCAGGUAAAGGCUGCUGAAGCUGCUGCACAAUUAAAACUAGAGGAAGAGAUGAGGAGGAAGCGCGAGCAGGAAAGAAAGGCUGCACGGCUGGCACUGCACAUGAUGAAGAAGACUGUUGAUAUUGACAACAGCGACUUUCUGAAGGACCUGGAGAACUUGUGCCAAAAGUGGCAAUUGGAUCCUCCAAGCAAAUUAAUCGUAGACUUUGUCCAUGGGAUUGAGUUGCCACAGGGCUUAGGGAGCCCACUGGAGGCACUUGGCCUAUUCAUGAAGAAAGAUAUCGAGGAAGAGGUCGAACAUGAAAUGGAGGACAGCGUGUCAACCUCCCAGAAUGCUGAUGUCGAGGAAGGAGAGAUCAGCUGCUGUCAAUAG